UGUGGAGUGCCCGUCGUCCCUGUUGUGACGAUUUAAGAGACCUGCUCGAGGGAAGCCGCCGUUCGACCUGACCUGAAGUCAUGGCUUUGAAAACAUAGGAAGCUCUACCUGCGCACUCGUGUGAUUAGCAAGCUGCGCGUAACUUGGAGUGGAAGACAAAAAGGAAUAAACAAAGCGGAGCUCAAGUCAGCCAACGUUUACGCCGUUGCCAGCGUCAAGACACCACAGGGAUCUUUUGUGCACAGGCCUCCGGACGUGCCUUCACCUGAACGAAAGCAGCAGAAGAGGGCACUCUUUGGUCUCAGCGGUAUUUGGCCGGCCGAAAGCGAGCACAUCUCGAGGCAGGGCCAGGAACUCCCACGAGUCUCGAUCGUGUCGCAGCUGAGGUGGUGCUUCGAAGUCUACGGCGACACCGCCAUCUGUGCCCGAGAAGAGGGGCGGCUUUGAUUGCGCGCCCAUUAUCGUCACAAGACAGCUCGCGCAAACACGGUCGACCUUGCGCACACGCUCUGUGCCCGUCGGCAGGUUCCCUUUCUCGGGCGACGACGGUCCGCUGUUUUUGGCCCGUUCGUGGUGGCCGAGGCCAAGGAAAACAAAAACCUGUCCCGACAGGAGGAAUUCUAAGUCCUUUCGUGCGGCCCCUGUGCUCUCUCGUUUCGUCCUGGGCAUCAUCGCCUGGCGGGUGAACAACGAUCUCGCAUCGCAGUCCUUUCUUCCCCACGGGUUGCAUACCUGGUUGCCCGCAGAAGCGAAAGCCGAAGCAGAGUGAAGUCCGGGCGAAGGUAGUGCCGCAUUUGCCCCAUAGUCAGUACGGGGGUGCGGGUGGUGCUCUCUGGGAGAGAAGUCGGUAACCCUUCCCCGUUAUUUUCAAGCGACGGCCUCUCAGGCUGCCCUCUCACUCACCGCCGCCCUCGUGGCGACGACCGACCACGCUGCAGGAGAGAAGGGGUUGCGCGCCGAGCCGUCCUGUGAAACCACUUUCCUUCGCAGAACACGCCGCGCACGCUCGCUUCGCCGAAGCUCGCGCCGGGCGAAGCAGGGACGUCUCCUCCGCGUGGCAGCAGACGGGUCGACUGCAGGAAGGGCUUCGCUCGACGACACCCAAGUCCGCAACUGCCGUCACACAGAAAUCGCCCAGCAGCGAGAGUCAUGCGGUGAGAAGAAAAAGUGGCGCGCCGGACUCCCGCUUUCUGCCGUCGCGUCUAGUGGGUCCGCAGAGGAAGUCCCCGGACAGCUCGCAAGGGCCGUGAAAUCGGCACACAUUUUCUUGUUUAUUCCGUGCUUCGUGCCACAGGCGGCUAGCAGUCUCCCGUCGCAAGUGCGUGCCCGCGCUGCUCUGUGCAAAGACGCGAACACUCGCCUUCCACGACGCCGAGCAGGAAGGACUGCGGGUGGACGCCGCGCACGCAGUGCCCGGGCUUGCACUGAUCGUGCUGGUGGCGGCGGUGCUUGCCUCCGCGGAUUCCGCUGACUGCUUUCGCCGGGCUGCUUUCCAGUUCCCGAGAAAGGAAGAUGGAUUCCGGCGCAGUUCUUCUGAACGUUUCCAAGUUGGACAACGACUCACCGCCGAAGUGUUUCGAAAACCUGGCAUUGGAUGUCCCAAGUGGGGUAAUCGACGACGCGAUCCCGGCGGUGGACUUCAAGACCAAGGCCGACGCGAACGGCAACGGCCGCCACAACGGGUUUAGGAACUUCGAGAGCAUCGACCUGACCUGGAGGAACCUCUUAUACAAGGUCAAGAAAGGCAAAGCCCGCAAGUACUUAGUCAACAACAUGAGCGGUGAAGCACGGUCCGGUACGCUGACUGCCAUCAUGGGUCCCUCUGGCGCGGGCAAGACGACGCUGCUCAAUUUGCUCACGGGCUUCUACGACAAGGGCUACAAGGGCGAGGUUCAAAUCAACGGUUACGUGCGUGACCAGGCGCUGUUCAACAAGCAGAGCUGCUACGUCAUGCAGGAGGAUCGACUGCUUCCUGCCCUCACCGUUUACGAGGCUAUAUUCAUGAGCGUUGAACUGCGCAUGCCCAACAUGGCACCAAAGGACAAAGCUAAGAAGGUUGAGCGGUCGAUCGAAGAGUGGGGCCUGGAGGUGUGCCGCAACACUCGUACAGAAAACCUCUCUGGCGGCCAACGUAAGCGUCUGGCCAUCGCACAAGAGUUGGUCAACAACCCUCCUGUUCUUUUCCUCGACGAGCCCACAAGUGGCCUGGACAACGUGUCAAGUCUGAUGUGCGUGCAGAUACUAAAGCGGUUGGCCUCUAUGGGACACACCGUCAUCUGCUCUAUACACGCACCUAGUGCCAAGAUCUUCUCUUACUUUGACAUGCUGUACAUGGUUUCUGCGGGGCGUUGCAUCUACAACGGCGAAGUGGAUGACCUGUUAGGCUUUCUGACGAGGCAUGGUCUGCAGUGUCCGCAGUUCCACAACCCUGCCGACUACAUUAGCGAAGUGGCGUCUGGCGACUACGGUGACUACCGCGACGUACUGAGCCGCGAGUUCGAGCUUCCCUUGCCGGACGGCAGCACUGCCGCCAAAGGCACGAUGACAAAGUACGGCGGGCUCAUCAUGACCAGCGAGCAAAAGGCUGAGGCAAACCGGAUGUACUCUUUCAAAGUCAACCAGUUUCAUCAAUUCCAGAUUCUCCUGAAGAGGUGCUGGCUUUCAGUUUUCCGUAACAGGGUGGCCACUCCCUUGCGGCUUGUGGCAUAUGUGGGCUUCGCGCUGAUGCUUGUCAUCCUGUACUACGACAUUGGCAACAAGGCGAGCACGGUCACCCACAACGCCACAAUGUUCUUCUCCAUGUGCUGCAUCUGCGUCUUCCAGACCAUUCUGCCCGCCGUCAUAGUGUUUCCCGUAAACAUCUCAGUACUGAUGAGAGAGCAAAGGAAUUGCUGGUACAGCCUCAAAGUUUUCUACCUGGCGAACUAUGUCACGGAGAUUCCGUUUCUGGUGAUACCGAACGCUGUGCUGAUCGCCAUUGUGUACUAUCCGACGGGACAACCGAAAGAGCUGUGGCGUGUGGCAGGCGUCAUGCUCUUCUGCGUCCAGAUAUGCGCCGUGUCGCAGGCAAUGGGGCUCAUCGUGUCCGCAGUGUCCAAGCUACAGACGGCGGUGUUCCUGGCCCUGCCUAUCGUGUCGCCGGCUUUCUUCUUCUGCGGCUUCUUCGUGCCGGCCCACCUGCUGACGCGGUACGCGCGCUGGUUAACGGAUAUCUCGUACAUCUACUACGGCUACAACGGACUACUGCUGUCGGUGUACGGCUAUGGCCGCCCAACUCUUGAAUGCGACCAGUUCAUUUGCCUCUAUGAGGACCCCGCACAGUUCCUCGAGUUCGUCGGUGCAGCGGACAAGAAGUUUUAUGUGUUGGUGCUUGCGCUGCUUGCUUACGAAGCCAUAUGCAGGACCAUCGCUUUCAUCCUGCUCAAGAUCAGGUUAGCUAGAAAAGAGUGAAGCGUUUCAGUUCGAGCGGCUGCGAGAUUACCUUUCAUGUGUGUGUGUGUGCGCUCGCAUAUGUACAGUAUGGUGUGCGAACGUCGGGCAUUUGGCUUUGUUUUUUGUUUUUGCUUCAGCCGCUUGCAAGCGGAAAGCAUGGUGACUCGUACGGAACUGGCACCUUUCAGUGCAUUCCGCGGCAAAAUAGGCGCUGCUGAGGAAGCUAAGUGAGCCGACGCGCUGGAGUGGUGUGCCGACCAUUGGCGGUUGGCGGUCGAGACUACAACAAUGCCACUUAAGGCGGCUCUCCACGUAGUGAAACGGAUACCGCUCAGAGCGAUAUACGGCUGUGACGCCACGUGCAGUCUCGUCGCCUGUGUCCUGCUGAAGAUCAUAAUAGGCUGGAAUGAGUGCAGUUGUCGAUUUGCACGUUUGCGAAGUUGCUUGUGUGCGUUCGCAGAUUUUUAUGUGACGGCGAGUGGAAUUUUCUUUUUUUCUUAUUUGAGCUGCAUCAGUUUUACAUCAGCCUGUGCGGGUAACAUAAAACUUCAAAACAUGUGGCACAUUUGUUCAUCUUCGCAUAAGACAGCAUGAUAGACCAUUUGGGUGAAUUUUCGUAAGAGUAAGGGACGAUGACACGCAUGCACGUUUUGUUUGUGCGAUUAGCAUCCUUUGUGAACUACCCCCAUGGCGGUGUGUAUCUAAGCUCUUUGGCCCAGUGACCCAAGUUGUCUGCUAGCUUGGGCCACACAGUAUGUACUGGCUGUUGUCUUGUCGAGCAGACAACAUGGGCCAAUGGGUAUGUGACCGAAUAGACAACUCGCUGCUGGCUGCUGUCUGGCCUAGUUGACAACGAGGAUAGCUGGGUAUGUGCCCGAACACACAAAUUCGGCACCAUGUUUGUGAUACUGGUAAGUGCCCAUUUUUGGUCAAUCUCGCAAUAUGAAUGGGCCGAGGUGACACAAGGGGCGUGUAUCAUUAAACAUACUAAAGCGGCAGCACCCCAUCCGCAACAGAGACCUCCACUUCGAGCGCGGCCGCUUGGUGGAUAGCCAUUGCAAAUAAGUUGCGGCCGGGAAAGUAGGGACAUUACGAAAAUUCAGCGGGAGUGCAGCGAUUACAACAAGGUAUAUACUAUCGUGGUAUCACUUAGAAUUGUGGUAGGCAGCGAGAUUGCCACUUAGCGUUUCUGCGGUGGCAAUCCGGUGUGUCGCUGCAUUGCUUUAAUGCUAGUCGCAUUAUCGUCGACAUUCAGCAUGAGAUGAGUUCUGACGAUUGCUUUUUCUUAAAAUUUUUGAGUUUCAAUUUUAUUUGCGUUCAGAUGUCCCAAUGCUUUUUUAUCGGAAUGGCGGAUCUAUGAGUGAACGAAGAAGGCAGCGGUGACGUCACUCUUCCGCCUUGGACUACACUUACAAGCGAUGCAGCUUGCGGUUCCUGCCAAUUUCUCUAACCUGGCUCCUUUGGCACUUACUUUGGUUUUGGUACACUGACUAUAGGUAGCGUCAAAGGAGACCCUUUAGCCUCUUAAUUAGGAAUAACAACACACUCUAAGAUAUUUUAAUGUAGCAUACUUUCAAAGUUUUCUAGUCCUAAACGAGCGGCACAUAUGUGUCGGUCCACCCAACGGCAGUAGUCUUUUUGGGUACUUGAUUGCCUACAAGCGUCAGUACUUCCAGGCGACUCUGAAGCUGCGGCGUAGGCAGGGGCCCGGUGGCACACCCAGGCCCGUGCCCCCCUCCCCGAAAUUUCUGCGUUAGUACGGGGCCUUCCUAGCCCCCCCCCCCCCCCCCCCCCCCCGUUUUUCCCCUUCCCGGUCAAGUGGGUGGCCUCUCCCCUUUUUACUAAAAAGCAUUUUUCGCUGCGUCAUUAGGCUGAAGGCAAAGUUUUGUAUACCAGAGUUGUAAUGUGCCUGCUUUUGUACGCACGUACGACAGUGGCGUAUAAUUUACUGGAGUUGCGAAUAAGCAUUUUUAUUUUUGAUUAUUUUAGCAGUUAAAAAAGAAAGGGGGUCGCAUUGUCGAAGCACUUGUAAACAGUCUUAUUUUCUUUAUACGAUGCACACCACAGGGUAUGCAGAGAAACGGCAUCAACCUAAAAGGUUUCCUCUAAGCGUCCCCAUCGACAGACAUCGCACAAUCUUGAGCCGCAUGUCAAAUAUGACCCCGUCCUUGCGCUUGAGAUAAUGUUUGUAGGACAACGUAUGAGAGGCCAUACUGGCUGCUGACGUUUUGCAUUGUAUUUGUGGAGUUUCUAAAAUAUUUUGGCUACGAACGCUUUGUGCAAGUAGUAAAGCACAACAGAAUAAGGUCUUUCACCGAGGGCCGAAAAGGGCGAGCUCUGCAGUUGCAGUCAUCCUAUGUCAACCACUGCUAAGCACAGCGUGGGUGUUCUACAGCUUAAUCGAUGACAACUUAAAUAUUCAAUACCCGCUGCAACCACGAAAGGACAGUGCACCUGCCCUACACCUCAGGAAAAGAGGCGAGCCAGCUGGAGUUCGCUCAAAGUUUGAUGACUUUCAUUUGCUAACGUGACUGCUAGACUAAUUGGAAAAUAAAAGCUCAUUGUCAACCUUUGGUUGAACACUGAUAUCACGGGCGCCUAUAAAAGUUGCCAGGAUCUUCAGGUUUCAUCGUAAAGCCAGUGACACAAAGACAGAUCUGUACGGAGAAACGGGAAUUUUAAACAAGGUAAAUUGCUUGACGUCACGGAAAUAAACUAGCCUAGUUUGAAGAUGCGUGCUUUCGGGUGCCUACGCGUGCCUACGGGGGAAUAGCUUUUUUGCGAUCUAUGCAAAUUGUGUUUGAGUUAGAUAGUGUACAUAUAAGCUUUCAUUCUUCGGUUGUCACCGACUAUAGGCAUGAUGAACAAAGUCUGAAAGGACUCACCAAGGGCGGGCAGAACCAUUGGAAAUGCUGUAAAUGCGCUCCACACCACAGCGCUAGAGCAGCGAGAAACUGAAGAUUGCAACGCGACACUUAAGCCACGUGUCGAUCUAGUCGUACACUAUGCGCCUUUAUUUGAAGCGUCAUUAAGCAUAAUAAAGCUUACACGAGUGAUGGGCACUAAAGCAUAGAGAAGAUUUCACAUACGUCUCAGCGCACAGACUUUGCGAACCUAAUCUUGCAUCACACGUGCUCCUUCGAUGGCAUGUGCCCGGAAAGGACAGCCGAGCUGGCGAGUGUUUGCACCAGCACGUAAUAAACCGCAGAUCUUCGUUCUUGUGCAGUAGCA